AUGGCCCCGUGUUUGGUGGCGUUCCUUCUCUUCGCAGGGUGUAGUGCAGCGCUGGAAAACAAGCAGGCCACGACUGUUUCUCAGAAAUGUUCAGAGGACACCGACACUUUCCUCCAGGAAAUUAACCAGGACAAUCCGAAGGAAUACGCUGUUCUCAUGUAUGAUGCAUUCGGAAAGAUGGGUAGUAAUGUCAAAGGAGGCAACGCCAACCGGCCUGGCCUCAUGCAGCAGUGUCGCUCUGCACACGGCCCUGCCUUCUCUGGACAGUACUGCCAGGUGUUCCUUAGGCAGGAAACCGUCCAGUACUUUGUUGGUAUUUGCCUUCCUGACUCCUGUGGAGAAGACGAUGUUCAAAUGCUGGUGCUGUGUGGGAAACUUGAGUUUGGCCAAAAUUCUCUCAUUCCUCCUUUGCCUUCCAUCCUGGUUAAUGACUCCACUCAGGAGAUGAUCAUGACCCACUGUUUGUCCAACACCAUUGCCCCCGAUGCAUCCGAUGUCACCUGUCUGUUUGUGUGUUGUGCGAUGGUGGCGAUUCCCCUUGCGGCUACGCUGUUUAAAGCUGUGAUACGAUGGCAACGGAACAGAGAGGUCAGGCCCACAGUGGAGUCUGCAGGUCUAAACGCCGGCCUUAACCUUUACGGGGCCAUGAACAUCAAUGGCUCCUCCAAUAGCGAUGUUAAUAGUGGCAGCUCAGAGGAAAACGGCAAUGACAGCAGCAAGCGCACUCCCGCGUGUUCCCCUCGAGGCGGCGUGCCCCGGUGCCUCGAUGCGUUCUCUCUACAGACCACCAGCCAGGGCAUCUUCAGCGCCUCCUCAUCCGUGCCGGCAGGAGGCCACUCCUGCCUCAACGGCAUCCGUGUCCUCAGCCUGUUGUGGAUCAUAUGUGGACACUCGGCACAGUUCCCCGUGAUAAACAACCUGGAUAACUACAAAGACUGGAAGAAAACCGUCGAGCACAACCCUCUGCAUGUGCUCACCAUCAGCGGGCCCGUUUUUCUGGCCGUGGACACAUUUUUGCUGCUAGGGGGUCUGCUCAGUGCACGCUCUCUGCUGGGCUCCAUCAACGGCGCCCAAGACAAACUGAGCCCGAGUUUGGUGGCCAGCUACCUCUUCAGGAGGAUUAGACGGAUUCAGCCGCUGCAUUUGUUCGUUAUGUGUCUGACAAUCGGCCUCAUCUCGGUGGUCCAUUGGGGACCCUACUGGUUUCCAUUUAUGGAUACCAUGAUGGAUUGCAAGACGUACUGGUGGGCCAACUUAUUGUUGAUAAGCAAUCUCCUCCCAGUCCACGAGAUAUGCAUUCCUUGGACAUGGUACCUGUCUCUGGACUUCCAGUGUUAUGCUACCACUCCUCUGCUGGUCUAUUUUUACAGACUACAUAGAGGUGUGUUUUGGCUUGUUGCUGGAGGCCUUCUGCUGAUGACCACUGUGGCCAGCGCCGUCAUAACUGCACUCCUGCAGCUGCCAGUCUUUCAGCCAUCUACGCUAACAUCCGAGAAUUAUGUUUUGUCAUACUACGUGAGGCCGCACACAAGAUAUGGGCCAUUUUUAAUUGGAAUCUUGAUGGGAAUAUAUCUAACAUCAAAGAAAGAUCACCUGCUGAAGCAAAAGUGGCAAGCGGCACUUGGUUGGUUCUGCUGCUUGUCGGUCAUGGCUUCGCUGGUUGGAUUGGCCUUCAUCCUCAGGGAGACCCCGGCCCGUCCUUCCGUGUCACAUGCCCUCUACCAGGGGCUGCACAGGCAGCUGUGGGCUCUGGCUGUGACCUGGAUCAUCCUGGCCUGUGAGGAGGGCUACGGAGGUUUUAUCAAGAGCCUCUUGUCUUUGCGUUUCUGGAUCCCUCUUUCCAACAUUAGUUAUGCCUGCUAUUUGACACAUCCCGUCUUCAUCAUCCUCUACAUCGGCCUGCAAGAGACCCCGAUUCACUACACGGACAUCAACUUUAUGUACCUGUUCCUUGGCCACCUGCUGCUCACGCUGGUGGCCAGCUAUGUGUUUACCGUGCUGGUGGAGAAGCCAUACCUCCUCCUAAGAUGGGGUAGUACAUAGUCUUUAUCCAGUAAUCCCCCAUUAUAUGUAUACUGUGUUUGCUUGUGCCUUGUAAGCUAUGCAUAUGCUACUGCUCAAUUUGUUCUGCAUUGUUGUCGACAUCCUGCAGAAGCCACUGAAACCAAAGUCAAGAUCGACACAUUCUUCAACCACCACAGUGGUAGUGGUGUAAAUAUAUUUCGAAUGUAUCGGCGUUUCCAUCUCCGGAACCAUUGACUUCAACAAAUCAGGCAGCAUGAGUAGAUAUUAUUUAUUGUUUCUCCACAUGGGCUUAUUGCAUUCAAGUUGCCUGGAUCAGACUUGCAUGACUUGCUUCUCUGUAACCCAAAGUUCAUCGUAUUCCCCUGCCGUCCCCCCCCUCCUCUAUCUGUUGGAAGACAUCACAAUAAACAUGAGACAUAUUUCACUGCCCUUUCCAUGGCAGUGAAUCAGAAGUGACACUGACUCGGCCGAUGAGCUCACGACAAAAGGUUCUCGGUUUCUUAUGACGCAUUAACGCGCGGCUGCGUUUCCAUCGUGGGCACGUGCUCUCGUGUGCAUCGCAUCGACCUGAGUAAUGGGUACACGGCCUCAAAGGAAAAGGAAAAAUGUGAUUUCAUUUCAUUUAAAUCCCGCUUUAUCUACAAGUUGAGUCCGACCUGCUGUGUUCAGUGGUGUGAGAUGAAUGUUUCGUGGGUCUCACAGGUAUCGUUAGCCUGCUGCUGCACUCCUGCCCUAAUGGGUUCUGGAAAAAGCGCCCUUACGGGCCGACUGUCUCGCGGCGCCAGACAAAAC